UGUGAGAUCAAUCCAAUCUACUGCGAUGGCCGCGGAACCUCCAACUGGCAGUAGCAGUGGCGCUGCUGCGCCGGCGGCGGAAGAGCAGGGGGGAUCGGGAUGGUUCGGAAUUCUCCGCAUGAUCGUGUUGUGGUAUGGGAUCCAGAAGGUCACAUCGUACCUGUGGACUGGCAGCUUCAACGGUUCCCCGCAAACGCCAGGCCAUCAGCAAAAUCCAUCGGCGCUGCACCAACAACCCGUGGUGGUUCAGCCUUCGGCAGACCUUGAUGUCGUCCAACACGAAGUUGCGUCACCCGUUGUGUCCCAGCUAGUGUCUGGGCUGGAAUCGUUUGACCCCAACUUCAAUCCGUUCCGCAAAUUUGCCGCGGUGUCUUCGACGGGGAAAAAGCUCCCACCGCACACGAACUUGUUUCCCCUCGGCAUCUCGCUCGACCUCCUUGUCUAUGUCACAGAGUCUGCCGAGUUCGAUUUCGCCAACAACGACGCCACCACCGCCUCCGCUGUGUGGUCCGAGCCCGGAUUGACCUACAACUUUGUUGCCGACGACCCCGAACGCAAGGCGCAACUGAACGUGUCGGUGAGCAAUCGUGUGCUACACGAGAACGCCACGCUGUACGCCCACGUGUUCUUUACGCGGUCGAGCAACUCCCCCAACCCCCAGGACUCGAAUUUCGAUCCAACUGCGACUGUGUAUCGUCAGCUCGAACUGAUUACGUACCGCCCUCGCGUCAAGACGACCAAGCGGCGCAACUUGCUUCAAUCCGCGACUCCCGACGACGCCGACGACGCCGACGAUGCUCUUGACUUGACGACAUUCGUGGCGCACUGGAAACCGUCGUUGCUUGUAAACCUUGUGUGCGAUCACACGGUAUAUGCGCGGGGGACGGCGCCGCUGCCGUUCAUCGCCCCGUUCAUGCAGGUGGACCCGGUGUCCGGGCAGUACCUCCCCAUUCUUUACGUGAACGACUUUUGGGUGCUGGAAGAUCACUUGAUCGCAAUCAAUCGAACGACGACGGUCCUGCCGCUAGAGCUCACGUACUACCCGAUGUCGCUCAUCAAGUUUGGGCUGUACCAGCAAAUGACGCAGAACUUUCGAAACCAGCAAGCGAUGGGGACCGGCACGAAGAAGGACUCGGACGCGAUCAAGAAGCUAUUCAUCGAAACCAACCCGUACUUGCUCGCCGUGACAGUCAUCGUGUCGAUCCUGCAUACUGUGUUUGACAUGCUUGCGUUCAAGAACGACGUGAGCUUUUGGCGCAAGCAAAAGAGCAUGGAGGGGCUCAGUUUGCGAACAGUCGUCCUCAACGCGUUCUUUCACUUGGUCAUCUUCUUGUACCUCCUCGACAACGACACGUCGUGGAUGAUUCUGUUCAGCUCGGGGCUGGGAGUUGUGUUGGACGUGUGGAAAAUCCACAAAGCGAUCAAGGUGACCCGCGAUACCGCCACGGGCAGCUGGAGCGUCGAGAGCGAAGACAAUUACGCGUCGUCGACGGCCGAGCACGACCGCGUCGCGGUGGCGCACGUGUCGUAUGUCAUGUACCCGCUCUUGGUUGGAUACGCCGCGUACCAACUUGGGUUUAGCGAGCACAAGAGCUGGUACUCGUGGGUCCUGUCGUCGCUAACGAGUUUUGUGUACGCGUUUGGGUUUAUCAUGAUGACGCCGCAACUGUACAUCAAUUACAAGCUCAAGUCGGUUGCGCACUUGCCGUGGCGCGCGAUGGUGUACAAGUCGCUGAACACGUUCAUCGACGAUCUGUUUGCGUUUGUGAUCACGAUGCCGAUGAUGCAUCGCCUUGCGUGCUUCCGCGACGACAUCAUUUUUUUCGUCUACUUGUACCAGCGGUGGAUAUACCGCGUCGACAAGUCCCGCGUGAACGAAUUUGGCCAAGGCGGCGAUGGCGACCAAGACGCCGACGUUUUGCCUCCCACGACCCCCGCCGUCGCUGCCGCGGACCCGACAACUGCUGGCACGCCGGCGGACAAAUCGCAAGCAACCGCAGCCCCUGUGUCGCCCACAGCUGCGCCUCGUCGCCGCUCGAAACUAGACAAGGCUUAGGACAUGUAGGAGCUCGACCCACGUUGGCAGAUAAAUAACUCGCAUUCAAGUUUGCGUCCAUUUCCCCGACGCUUCAUGAUCUCUUCUUGGUCGACUUCUUCGCCCCCUUCUUUCCCUUUUUCUUUCCCUUCUUGCGUUCUUUUCGAGCGUUCAGGAGCUUUCGAGUGAUGUAUCCUCGAUAUGUAGCCUGGAUCCGCGCGACAAGCUUGAGAAACGCGGCCUCUUUUGCCAGGCGCGCCUUAUCCUCUGCAUCCCAUCGGGCAUGGUCGGCCGCCGCGAAACGGUAGUUUUCGUCGAGCCGAAGGAAUAUUGCCGAGAGCCGCGCGACUUCGGUCACCUCGGUCGCCAUGGACGCUCUUGUGGCGUCGAUUUGAGCUUGCAGCGCUGUUAGGUCGUGGUCGUAUUGCUCGAUCUGGUUGCCGACUUCGACAGCUGCCUUCAACUUGCGCUUGCGAUGACCUUCCUCCUGCACAGAGUGGUCUUCUUUACUCUUUGUGCCGCGAACAUUCAACGAGUCCGCUUCAUCCCGGCAUUGCGUCGCCUACGCAGCAACGUAUGUGGGUUGCGAACAAACGAACGACAGCAGCCCGUCGUU